CGACUCCUAACCAAAUCUGUCUUCUAAAAGCCCCCUCUCAAAGUACAUCUACUUACCAGUGUAUCAAUUCAAAGGGCGGAGCAGGACGGACUAGGAUGGCCUUGAUGGAAUCAAGGAUAGCGCCUCGUGCUUUAUUUUCUCUGUAUCGCUCGUUAUUGCGCCAGGUGCAACAACUUCCUCACUACUACUUGCGAGAAUUCUUCCGAAUAAAAGUCGGUGAGGAUAUCCGAAGUAUCCUGCAUGCGAAGCAGACGGAGAAAGUCCGCAUAUCCAAAGUAAGGCGAGUUAGACAGGAGCUGCUAAGAUUAGAGCGUGCCAAUUCAGGACGGAAGAAAUCAAUAGACCAUAUUCUUGAUCUUGCUUAUGGUCGCAAAGGACCACUGAAAUGGAGCAUGAUGAAGCCGCUUCUCACAGAUCCUACAUCACCUCUACCUCCUCGAAUUAUUUCGGAAGUUGAGCGCUCACGUCCGCCACAAUACUCUCCAGAACUUGCGGCCCUCUUAAGCUCCAACUUUGCUCGUGCGGGAGGUAAACCGAUGAAAACACCGCAUUUCGAGCGGCCUCCUACACUACCUCCCAGAGCCGACCCGAAUUCGGAUCAAGCGCGCUGGUUCGGUCCAUUCAGUAAACGCCGCCGAGUAAACAUCCACUGGCGUUACUUCACUAGCCAAUGGAAAUCUACGUAUCCUCCUCUCGAAGUUUCUGUCUCCGCAUGUCCAGAAGGAGCUGACGGGACAGUUCCGAUGUCGCAAUCAGUCAAUGCCCUUGACAUCAGAGGAGUUGGCUUGCAGGACAGUGGUGUCUUACAGGAGCUACAUGCUCUCGCGGGCCCCCGCUCAAGACGACCGCCCAUCCCACGUCGGCAACGACAGUCGCUCAGCCGACCAGAUGAUCCAACGCCUUCAUCCUCGUCACCUUCUCUCGCUGAAGCACCUAACCGAUUCCUCCGGCGUCGUUAUCGUGAACUUCUGGCCAGGAUACCCAUCCUCACUUACACGCCAC